GCGUUCGCACCAGACAGAGAGCAAAUCAGUUGAAGAAGAGAGUCUCCCGUGUGUGCAUUGUUGUAUCUUAAUCUAUCUGCACAACCUUUUCAAGUGAACGUCAAAAUAAAUUGUUGUCUCGCACAGCACAGAGUGUGAAUCUGGCAAGCAUUUGGCUGGGUGUGUGCGACACAGCGAAAAAAGCAGUAAAAGUGUGACCUUGCGCCUUUAGGAAAAAGAAAAAGUACACUUUUGAUUGGUACUAGUCGGGCAGCAGAGAAAGUGAGAGCCGUCUACGAAUCGCUAUCAAUUCCAGCACAGUGAUUGACUUCCGACGUACCAACGCACCAGCUCGUCCGGAGGAUUGUCCGAUUGUUUAUUUCUGCUAAAUCCCAAAUCGAACACCGUAACCGUGAAAAAUGGCCGACAGUCCAAACAAGCGCAACAUCCCGAUCAAGCUCGGUGACUUCAGCGUGAUCGAUACGGAGUUUGCCAGCAUCCGCGAGCGGUUCGACUCCGAGAUGCGAAAGAUGGAGGAGGAGAUGUCUAAAUUUAGAUCGGAACUGAUGAACCGCGAGUCCAACUUCUUCGAGACCACCUCGAGUUUUUCCACCAAAAAGACAGCGACAUCCAGCAGCACUACCACAUCCAAUGCAGGCUCGGCAGUCCGGCCACAGAGCAGUAGCACACAGGUCCAGGACAUCAACUCGCCACUGAUACAGGAGGAUGGUGAUAGCAAGGUGCUGAAGCUCCGCUUCGAUGUCAGUCAGUACGCUCCAGAGGAAAUCGUCGUCAAGACCGUGGACAACAAGCUGCUGGUCCAUGCCAAGCACCAGGAAAAGUCCGACACCAAGUCCGUCUACAGGGAGUACAACCGGGAGUUCCUGCUGCCGAAGGGUUGCAAUCCGGAGCUGAUCAAGUCGUCGCUCAGCAAGGACGGUGUCCUAACGGUGGACGCUCCACUGCCACCGCAGGCCCUGACCGCCGGCGAAACCAUGAUUCCAAUUGCCCAUCACUAAAUCCUCCUAAAAUACUACUGUAGUUCCCCUACUUACUGUUAACCUAACUCGAGGAAGCUGCGCGCGUCAAGUGCACAUGUUUUAAAACGCUUUCAUCAAGCCAUAAUAAUCACCAGCUAUCAUCAUCGAUAUCUAUACCCAAUUAAGCUAUGACACCAGUGAGAGAGAGAGAGCGAGCAGGAAAAGAUAUAAAUCAAAACUAGGCGUGCUUUUUUUUAUUAGAUACUCGUUUCGAUAUUAGACUUUCAUGCAACGAUCGCCUUCCGUGAGUGUUGGCGUUUGAAACUAUAAAUCAUCAGACCCAAACAAAGGUUUUCAACUGGAACAUCACACUUUGAUGGAUCGCGGUAGCGGAGUCAGCCCAUACCUACUCAUUCAUAUUUUUUUUUUGAUAAAAGAAGAUAUUGCUACUUGUGAUAGCCGGAAAACAUAAUAAGCUAGCGACGCGCACACGACUACUUACCAGUUUUCACCCAACUUAAAACCAUCAACCAACGAACAACACUUAAGUGUAAGUACUACAACUACUACUACCACUACUCGGAAUCAGUAACAGUGAAAAGUGUGGCCUUUACUCGUAUUGGAUUCUAUUUUCUGGGAUAUUUUUAUUUCAUCUUACAACAUAACCCUUUUCUACAAACAACAAGACAACAGUCCAAUUCAGGUUCAGGAAAGUUUUACACGCAUGGGCAAACAAAACAAAAAAUCAAAAUACAAUAACAAUUUAGUACCAUAGAGGCAGCUAUGAUUUUGGGCAGCGUAAUAUGGCUUUCGAAGAAUAACAGCAGGAGGAAGAAGGAAAAAAAAAAUCAAGACGAGUCGACCUACAACAAUCGUUUGUGUAUUUGUGCUUUAUUUAUUUUAUCUAACGUAAAAUCUGAGAACAGUUUAAGGACAUUAAAUCAGGACUUAUAGAUCAA